AUGAACGAUACGAUCAUUCCGCAUCAAGUGCGUGGUCUCCGCAUACGUCUCAACCAGCUUCGAAUGCCCGAGCUGCGCAACAUCCUGAUGGAUCUCAAUUUGGCUCGCUCUGGACGUAAAUCGGAGCUUGUGGACCGCAUUGCUAAUGAAUUAGAGCACUUUGCAGAGAAAGCUCGAGGCGCUACGUCUGCUCCUUUCUACGCUGAGAGACUAUCGGCUGGUAUGAGAAGCAUUGAAAUGCAAACAAGAGGAAGACCAAACUAUGGACCAACACCGCAGGUCGUGCAAGCUGGCUAUUGUUCACCACAGGUAACGGCAUGUUAUGCACCCACAUUGGCCCCUACGACGCCACCAACUCGCUCUCUUCCCGUCCCUGUGUAUGGAAGGAAUGCAACACCUCAUACACAUGCACCAUCUACCUAUGGAGCUGUGAAUGGGGUUCCUGCGGGUACAGGGGUUAUCCCACUCACUAGUGGCGUAGAUUUAUAUCACCCUACAAAUGUUGCAGCACUGGACGGUGCAAGAUGUUUUUGUGCAAUACAAGGAGUAUCUGGAAAAGUGAUCAAGUGUAUUGAUUGCGGCUUAGCUGUACAUGCCAAGUGCCACCAGUUGGUAACGUUGAGUGGAGAGUGGUACUGUGAAAUGUGUCGAUCAAAAACAUAUGAUCCGUUCUAUCGCGUGCAAAAGACUGUGCUUGAUCCGAGCUUUGUGCGCUUUGCCAAGUCUGCAAGCUCUUUUCGACUUGAGUACUACAUCACGGAGAGCGACCUGAAUAACAUGUAUGCUAAGCGGGAUCCGCAGCCUGGAUCAAUGACACCGGGGUCCUUGGAGCUGCAGCUACGGUGCUUUGCCGUGAAAGACGAUCUUGGUGCAGGACAUUGCUGGCCUACGUCUACACAACUGAGCGUAAAUGGCUUCGGCGUGCCGAUCACGCAACGUGCUCCACCAGGACAUGCGAAUCCUUCCAAAGUCUUACGAGAACUACCAGCAAGUAUCUUCCAGUACUCGCGCAUUGGACGAAAUGUGGUUGAUAUUCGAAGUAUUGAGAACCCGUCUCUGUUUGGGUUCAUGGUACAAAUUGUGAAGGUAUGCAAUAUAAAUGAUAUUGUGAAUGAGGUAAAAGAGGCAUCGAAGCAUUUGACGUAUGAUACAGCAAAGCAAGAAGUUGUCAAAUCAUUUGGCAGUGAAGACGAAGAUGAUGUCGUUGCCACGGUCACGAUGCUGUCGGUUCGCUGUCCAUUGGGGUUGUGUGUAAUCAACCUACCGGCACGAGGUUUGCACUGCAAACAUUUGCAGUGUUUCGAUCUGAAAACGUUUUUGCUGUUUAGUAAGAAGGCACGGUCAAAGGCGUGGCGGUGUACAGUGUGCCAUCAAUUUAUCAAGGCUGCAGAUUUGCGUAUUGAUCCUUAUUUAAAAAAGCUUCUGGCUGAAGUUGAAGGUGAAGAUGAACUGGAGGAAGUUGAGAUCUUUCCUGAUGGAUCAUGGAAACGGAGGCUCGAGGCAGAAUUGAUGUCCGAGCCUCCAGUCAAAAAAGUCAAAGCGGAGCAGGUAGAAGUUAGUACAUUGCCAACAGAUAGUACCCCGAUUUUUGGUGGAGCACACGCGGCACCUACUGACGCGUUGAAUGAACCACGUGGGUCAAGUUCAACAGCGCCAGUGGAGAUUGAUUUAUUAUCAAGUGAUGAUGAAGCUGAAGAAGACUUAGCAAGAAAAACCACGUCAAGCGCGACUGCUGCGUCUACGUCUAUACCAAUACUGCUUGAUGACGAUAUGGAUAUAUUGACCGUAACUAGCGACGUAUGGGAUACGCCGGCAGUACCUGUAUCGACUAACGCAACAAGCGGUGGGAGCGAUGGCAAUUGCGGUGAAUAUUUUCCUUUUCCAUUGGAUGAAAGCUUGUUUUUUUCGACUAGUGCGUCGGCUAACACUGGAAAUGCAAGGACCUCUUCGUCCUGGAUGUAUUCGGUGCCUGCGAGUACUAUCGUAAGCAGUAUGCCCCCACCAACGUCUACAGCUGCAUUACCACCCGUGACAGUAUCACCUCUUCAAGAUUUGCUAAACCAGGCGGAAUCGAACCUGGCCAGCUCAAUGGCCUCAUUGUCUCGGAAUCACAAUGUUAACAACCCGUUUGACCAGCCACAACGACGUCAAGCACGACAACCUCCAAAACUCAUAGCAAAUUCGAAUGACAUGGAUAUCAUUUGUUUAUUGGAUAGUGACAGUGAUUAA